AUGUUGUACGCAUUUUCCACCAUCAAAAUCCACGAAAUAUGUCCCCGUGACAAUUCUCCGGAUUUGUACGCCAUCCAUAUCCCUUGUGCGUCCAACUUUCUCGAUCAAAAAAGAAACCCCGGAUACAAAGCAAACACUAAGAGGAGAGGAUACAAAGAUACAAGAACAUCCCACGUGGAACAUUUGAAGAAUGGUAUAGGCUGA